GCCUCUGCGCUUCUCCGCGCCUCUUCGCGCCCGGCGGGCGAGAGAGUGAGGGUGGUGUGAGGAGCAGCGAUGGCGGCGGCGCCGGGGCUGCGGGAGGCGCUGGAGCAGAGACUGCGGGAUUUGGGCAUCGCCGCCACCACCGCGGAACACCCGGAGGUGUUCACUGUUGAGGAAAUGAUGGCCCACGUCCGACACAUGAAAGGAGGGCACAGUAAAAACCUUUUCCUUAAAGACAAAAAGAAGAAAGGGUUCUGGCUGGUGACCGUCCUGCAUGACAGGCAGGUGGAUUUAAACCACCUGGCAAAAAAACUUGGCCUGGGAAGCGGAAACCUCAGAUUCGCCGAUGAGAAAGCCAUGCUGGAGAAGCUACAGGUGGGCCAAGGCUGUGCCACACCGCUGGCUCUGUUCUGCGACCACGGAGAUGUGAAGCUUGUGCUGGACGCCGGCUUGCUGGAGGGCGGCCACGAAAAGGUGUAUUUUCAUCCAAUGACAAACUGUGCCACCAUGGGCUUAAGCCCCGAGGACUUCCUGAAGUUUGUGAAAUCGACGGGUCACGAUCCAAUCGUUGUACAUUUUGAUGAAGAUGUUAAAUAGGCUUGCGUAGCUCGGCACUGAUUUUAUAGCAUAAAACCGGUGGGAGUCUCGUGAUAAAUACAGCUUGGAAAAACAGACCUGCUCUUUUGUACACUGUAACACUCAGUGGAAAAAAUGCUACGCUCAGGUUAUUGAAAAUUCAGCAGAAUAUUCUUGAGCUGUUUGCAAUCUGCCAGCAUCCAGCAGGAUGAAAAGGCAUUAUAUAAAUAAUAAAAUGCAUGAAGUAGAA